GUAGAUUUUGCAAUUAUGAUUCUGCUCCUCUAGGGAGAAUUUGGCUUUUUUGGAAGUCCCAUGUAACUAUAAGGAUAUCUAGUUCUAAUCAUCAGGCUAUACACUGUCAUGUGGUUGACAAUAUUACUAAGAGGUACAUGUUUGCUAGUUUUGUGUAUGCUGAUAAUUCUCCUGAUCAAAGGAGACAAUUAUGGGAUGAGUUAGUUGCUUUAAGCAGGGUGCUACCUAAAGUGCCUUGGAUUCUAGGAGGUGACUUUAAUGAAGUUAGAUAUCUGCAAGAGAGGUCUGAUUGGAUCCAAAACAUGCGCUUCUCCAAAGAUUCUAUAUUGUUUAAUGACAGGUUGAAUGAAGUUGAACUUUCUGAUCUUCCUGCUUUUGGGCCUAAAUUUACAUGGUCGAACAAGAGAAUAGAGGGACUCAUUGUUAAAAAGCUUGACAGGUUAUUAGUCAACAACACUUGGGUUAGCACUUGUCCAAGAACUAGAGCAAAGUUUCUUCCUCCUGACAUCUCAGACCAUUGUGCUGGGUCUAUAACUAUAAUGGAAGUGGCAACCCAAAAUACCAGAAAACCUUUCAAAAUUUUCAAUUUUUGGACAAAGAAUGAAAGGUUUCUAAACAUUGUCCAGGAGGUUUGGUCAUCUGUCACAGUUUCAGGAUGCUACAUGUUUCAACUUUGUAAAAAGUUGAAGGCUCUUAAGGCCCCUCUACGACAGCUUAAUAAGGAUUGUUACAGUGACUUGCAAGGAAGGAUUCAACAAGAGACUUCAAAGCUAUAUGCUAUCCAAAUUGAUUUGUUAGCUAGUCCUCAUGAAGAUUUGGUUUUGGUGGAACAAGAACAAGCUAGGAAGGUGGCAGAGUUAUCACUUGCUGAAGAAGCCUUUCUGAAACAAAAAUCUAGAGUGCACUGGCUACAAGAAGGAGACCAAAAUACUACUUACUUUCAUAAAGUAAUGAAAGUUCGACAAAGUAAGAACCUGAUAAAAGAAUUGCAUACUGAGGAUGAUAAAAUACUCACUGAGCAUGAGGAUAUUGCAAAUGAAGCUAUUGGUUUUACCAAGCUCUUCUAGGGAGUGGGGAUCCUUAUUGCAUUGGAGGGGAUCUUGAUCAGUUGAAAGCUCUCUUUGACUUCCAACUUUUUGAAGCAACUCGAGAAGCACUAAUUCAGCCAGUUACAGCAGAAGAAUGCAAAUUAGUUAUUUUCAGUAGCCCAAAUAACAAGAGCCCUGGACCAGAUGGGUAUACUGUUGAGUUCUAUAAAAGUGCUUGGAGCAU